AUGAGAUUCCACCUAGGGACGGCCAUAUUCAUGGCGGUUGGCGCACGCUGCCUCCCUUCCUCAACUGGGGGAAACGCGACGGUCUGCGAUUCCAACCUCUGCACCUGGUGGCACGACUCUGGUGAAAUCAAUACAGGAACUAGAGUCCAGCCCGGCAAUGUGCGCCAGUCUCAUCGUUACAAUGUUGAGGUCAGCCUUGCUGGCACUGGCGAUUUUCGUCCGUCUUUCGUCUAUGAGACAAUCCCAAGAAACGGUAACGGCCGGAUUUACUCUCCAUGGGACUACCCCAAGGACAACACUCUUGGCAGUGAUGUGGAUGAUGGGAUCAGCAUUGAACCCCAAGUUGGCAUCACCAUGGCGUGGUCUCAGUUCGAGUAUGCCCAGGACGUCGACGUGAAGAUCACCCGCAGGGACGGCCAAAGCUUGGGCUCGACCUCCAAUGUGAUUAUCCGCCCAACCUCCACUAGCUAUUCUCUGAGUACUUCGAGUGAUGGUGGGAUUAUCAUCCGUGUGCCUAAGGACAACAGUGGCCGGCGAUUCUCUGUCGAGUUUAACGAUGAUCUCUACACCUACCGAUCCGACGGACAGAACUAUGUCCAAUCCGGCGGUGAUGUGGUCUCUGUCGAACCCACAAACGGGCUUCUCAUAUUCGCAAGUGCUUUCUUGCCUGCCGACAAGGUCCCUCAGAUGAACAAUGAUAACACAAAGACUAUGACGCCCGGGCCUAUCAAUGCCGGUGACUGGGGAAACAAGCCAAUCCUUUACUUCCCUCCAGGAGUGUACUGGAUGAACUCCAACCCACAGGGCGAUAAGCCCAAGUACGGAGAGAACCAUCUCAAACUCGAUCCAAACACAUACUGGGUGCACCUUGCCCCAGGCGCCUACGUCAAGGGUGCAGUCCAGUACACCACCUCGAACGGCGACUUCUACGCCACCGGCCACGGCGUCCUUUCCGGAGAACACUACGUCUACCAGGCCAAUCCUGCAACAUACUACCAAGCCCUCAAGAGUGACCAGACCAGCCUCCGCCUAUGGUCCCACGAAAACGUUGGAAGUCAAACCUGGCACUGCCAGGGCCCGACCAUCAACGCACCACCUUUUAACACUAUGGAUCUUCACGGAAACAGCGACCAGGCCAGCGUCCGCAUCUCUGACUACAAACAGGUUGGCGCCUUUUUCAUGCAGACCGACGGACCCCAGAUGUACCCCAACAGCGUGGUAAACGACGUCUUCUACCACGCCAACGACGACGUUAUAAAAGCCUACUACUCCAACGUCGUCGCGACGGGCCUUACUGUCUGGAAAGUCCACAACGACCCCAUCAUCCAAAUGGGAUGGGACUCACGCCAGGUCAGCGGUGUCGUUAUCGACGGCCUAGAUAUCAUCCACACCCGAUACCGUCGCUCCGAGACGGUUGUGCCAUCUGCGAUUAUCGGUGCAUCACCGUUUUAUAUGGAUGGGAAGUCACCAGACACCAGCAAGUUCAUCAGCCUGUCUAUUUCCAAUGUCGUCUGUGAAGGACCCUGCCCGUCUCUCUUCCGCAUCCAGGCUCUCCAGAACUACAAGAGCUUUCAAGUCAAGAAUGUCGCUUACCCUGAUGGUUUGAGCACGGGUGGCUUUGGCCUCGGACAGAGCAUUGUCCCUUAUGUGUCUGGAACGAGAAUGGAGCUUGAAGUGGAGAACUGGACGGUCAAGGGGGAGAAGGUCACUAUGGCUAACUUCCAGGCCGAUAGCCUUGGCCAAUUCAAUAUUGCCGGUGAGUACUGGGGACAGUGGUCUAUUCAGUGA